AAACAAGGGCUAUGAGUGGGAUGACGCUUUUAGGCUGGAAUCUGACUCACCAACCACGCCUUUUCAAUACUCAUCUCUUAUAUUAUAUUCAUCCGCACCAAACAUUACCCAAAAUAAAAAUAAAAAAAAUAAAUUUUUUAGAUAUAAGGGAUAACAGAAGCUGCUACUGCUUUUCUUUUUCCGGAAGAUCAUCCCAAAGCUCCCUGUUUUUGGAGUUUUAAAGAUCUUUAAUUUCAGUUUCUUCUAAAUGGGUGAUCGAUUGUUUGACAGACAAAGAACUGUCCAUGAAAUCCUUGGAGGAGGUCUUGUUGCAGAUGUGAUUCUUUGGAAGCAAAAAAAUGUAACUUUGGGGAUAUUGAUGGUGACUUUUGCUGCUUGGGUGGUGUUUGAGGGAUCUGGUUAUACUCUGCUGUCUCUUGUCUCUAGUGUUCUCCUCCUCCUCUUUGCCAUUUUAUUUCUUUGGGCCAAAUCUGCUGCCGUUCUUAAUCGACCUGCUCCACCCCUUCCGGAGUUGUAUCUCUCAGAAGAAACGGUAAAUGAAGUGGCAGCUUUCGUUCGCACCCAUGUAAAUGAUUUGCUCUCAGUUUCCCACGACAUUGCCCUGGGAAAGGACUCAAGGUUGUUUUUCAAAGUAGCUGUACUCUUGUGGUUGAUUUCCUUCAUUGGUGGCUUCACAGAUUUUCUUACAUUAGGCUAUACCAGCCUCGUUAUUGUUCUUACAGUUCCAGCUUUAUAUGAAAGAUAUGAAGAUUGUAUAGAUAAAUGUGUGAUUAUGAGCUACAGGAAACUGCGGGAAUUGUAUGUGAAAUUUGAUGUGAAAAUUGUCAGCAAAGUCUGGAAAUGGAUCUUGGAAAAGAAAAAACUAAGCUAAUAUCUCCUUGCUUCGUGAUUACCUUCCUUUCUGAUAUUGGUUUUCUUUUGUGAGGAGCUGGGGAGUGUCAAUGGAGGGGCAUUAUUGGAUUGUUUUCUUAUUGAGCUGCAGGGUGUGGUAGAGUGUAUUUAUUCGAAAAUGGUUUCUUGUCUUUGUAUCCUUAUUUAGAUGCCUGAGUUUUAGGCUGUGAGAGCUUUUGAUUGAAAGAAAUAUAGGAGACACUACCCUAAUCACUUUGAGGGAAUCUGAAAAAC